GUGAACAGAGUGAGGCGGGUAGGGCCGAGCGCCGAGAGGAUCGAUCGGACCGGUGCAGUGGGCGCCGCCAUGUCGCUGCUGCCGCGGGGCCGCUGCGGCGGGGCCGCCGCCGCCGCCACCGCCGCCCGGCGGCUGCUGCUGGGGCCCCAGGGACGGGUGUCUGGGAGCCAUGUGUGUAAUCAGUACAGAAUGUCCAGUUCUUUGCCAGAGGAAAAAAAAGACUUACUGCAAAAUGGACCAGACUUGCAAGACUUUGUAUCUGGAGAUUUGUCAGACAAGAGCACAUGGGCUGAAUAUAAAGGCAAUUUAAAGCGUCAGAAAGGAGAAAGGCUGCGACUUCCUCCAUGGCUGAAAACAAAGAUUCCCAUGGGAAAGAACUACAAUAAACUAAAGAAUACCUUGAGAAGUUUAAAUCUUCAUACGGUAUGUGAAGAAGCACGUUGUCCCAACAUUGGAGAAUGCUGGGGAGGUGGUGAAUAUGCUACGGCUACAGCUACUAUUAUGCUGAUGGGUGACACAUGCACUAGAGGUUGCAGAUUUUGUUCAGUCAAGACAGCAAAAAAUCCACCUCCACUGGAUCCCGAGGAGCCUUACAACACAGCAAAGGCUAUCGCUGAGUGGGGCUUGGAUUAUGUGGUAUUGACCUCUGUGGACAGAGAUGAUAUGCCUGAUGGUGGUGCAGAACACUUUGCAAAGACAGUCUCUCAUCUGAAAGAAAGGAACCCGAAGAUCCUGGUGGAAUGCCUGACUCCCGAUUUCCGAGGGGACCUUGCGGCCGUGGAGAAAGUGGCGUUGUCGGGGCUGGACGUGUACGCCCACAACGUGGAGACGGUGCCGCAGUUACAGCGGACGGUGCGUGAUCCCCGAGCCAACUUUGAGCAGUCCCUACGGGUGCUGAAGCAUGCUAAAGAGGUCCAGCCCGGCGUCAUUUCGAAAACCUCCCUAAUGCUGGGGCUAGGCGAGACAGAUGAACAAGUAUAUUCCACAAUGAAAUUAUUGCGGGAAGCAGACGUAGAUUGUUUGACCCUAGGACAGUACAUGCAACCAACAAAACGUCACCUAAAGGUUGAGGAGUACGUAACUCCUGAAAAAUUUAAGUACUGGGAAAAAGUAGGAAAUGAUCUUGGAUUCCAUUACACUGCUAGCGGGCCUCUAGUGCGCUCCUCCUAUAAAGCAGGUGAAUUCUUCUUGAAGAACUUGGUAGAAAAAAGAAAGACAAAAGCCAUCUGAAAAUGAGAGUGAACCUAUUUAAAGCAGCCAGUUUUAAGGAUCCCUUUUUUCAGCAUAUAAUUAUACUCGGUUCCAGAAAUGCAGAAGACCAGAUGGUGGAUGUAUGAGUAAACUUACUGUCUGUCCAGAACACUUUUCUCUCACCGAAACACUUCACAGUAUUUUACCUAAUUCCUCCUGGCAGGGCUACAACUACUUCUGGUGUUCAGCAGAAAGUGAGAAGAUAGAACUGAUUUUGAAAGAGUGAUGGAACCGAGGUGGAAGAAAUGUAAGCUGAAAAAAAAAGAAUGGACAGAUUUAAGUAAACGGGUUUGAUACUACCACCAAUAUUAGUGCAGCUGGGUACUUGUGAAGAUUGCUGAUAACUGGUAAUUUGAAAGGUACUGGUAUUUUGGUGUAUCUUACCAUUAUGUAACACAAGUUUGCAGGGAAUCUGGGAAAUAGAGUUCUGAAGAUUGUGUACACGAUGAAGGACCAUAUUAGGGCUGUCUUGAACCACACCAGAGAAAAUAUCAGUAAUGCUCUUUCAAGAGAUGGUAUCUCUUAUACCUGCACCUUAAGAAAAUGAGCUACGCCAUUCUGAUCGCUGAUGCUUUCCAGGUGCUUGCAUGUGUGAGCCUUGGUCAACGCAAGGUAUCAAGUUGAAGAAAACAAGAGCCCUUUCUGGCAGGACAGUUAACCUUGUGUAGAUACCAUAUAAUUUAAACCAUAUGGGAAAUCAACGUUGGCAUAACAGCAUAAAUAGAGCCACCCCCAGUUUGGGUACCUGACUAUAACAAACCCCACUGAGUUGCGCAGGUGCUUCUUUGGUGUUGGGUACACGAGCUGCUGCUGUUCUGUACUGUGCUUCUACUCCACGGGUAUCCUCUUCCCGUUAAAGGGAAGUUAAAUGCCCCGUCUGAGGGUGGUUGUGCUUGAUUGGUCUGGUUACCUGCCCCCUGGAGACCCGGUCUGGCUGUUAAACCGGAAUGCAGAGAAGUGAACGCAUCAUAGAUGAAAUGGGGAAUCCGUUCCGUAUCGUACUGAGCUCAAGCAGAAAUAAAAGCAUGGCUUAUGGUAUACUAGCAGGUGGAAAUUUGUAUUCUCUUCACAAUCAUGAUAGUUCGAAGUGCAUCUCUAAUAAUUCUCAGUUGUCUGCUGUGGACAUCAGGUACAGUUUUUGAACUGGCUUAAGCUGUAUCUUCAUGGAGUUAUUUGGGAAACAUGCUGGGAAUUUGUUAUCUGGUCCCAGUCUCUCACCAUGCAGGUAAUCCUAGUGCUGGCUGUAGUACUUGUCUAAAUUAGUCUAUACAAAGAGUGGACCCUCGGCCCACCCCAUACUUGGCAAGAUGUUAGAAGUAAGGCAGCUAAUUAGCAAGUUAAUAUAUAGGAGAAACUUGGUAUUGUCAUGAACAACAAAAAUCAGAUUAUGCCACUGAGGCCAGUGAUGCACAAUUGACACUUGACAAAAUGAAAUACUGCAGUUGGCUAAUGUAGCCAAGCCUAUAGAGACAAAUAGCCUUAAACUAGAAGGAAUGUACUAAUUCAACAGUAUAAUGGAAGCGUAAAUUAGGGGAAGAGAAACCUGAGCCAUGAAGAACAGAGAAACAGAAAUCUUAAUAGCUGUACUUUUUAAAGGCAGAGAUAAAGGCAAGGCUUCUUUUUAUUUUAAAAAAACCCCACUCUAAAUAUUAAAUAAUAAUAAUUUUUAAAAUUUUGAUUAAAACAAAAAAGUCUGACCACUAGUCUUGGAAAGACCAGGCAUAUUGGGAGCCAAAACUGCCCUGCUUCAGCUGAAGCAUGCUGAAUACCAGAGCAGUGGAAGGUUAUCAGCUACCCUAUGGAAAUCCAACACUCCCUCCACAGCAGCGGGCAGGGAGGGGCACAACAUUAACUCCCCGAUACCCACACAUUUAACAGCUGCCAGCCUUUAUUAGAGGUUGCUGCUAUAAAUAACGGUUCUGAUUUAACAGAAUAUUACUGUAGCUUUUGCCAAGUUACUGCUCUUUCAGCAUAGCAACACCAGAAAUGGGGGAAAAGGAAUUCUGAGCCAUACAAUUAUCAAACUCUGACAAGAGGACAUUGCACAGUAAUUGUCCGUGACUUCUUUACAGUGAGAGAAAUAACACUUCUGGAAACACAGUCCAAUGUUAUUUCACGUUAGAAUUUUAUGAAUUGCUGCUGGGGAAUGGUUUGGGUGAUGAUCUCACACUUUUACACAACUGUCUGCCAGCUGGUACCAAGUUUCGGAAGCUAUGUAAGCUAUUUUCUAACUGCAUGUUUUGCUGCAGUUUCUGAGGAAAGCAGUCACAGUGUGACUUCACAGAUAGUUUUGUUUGUUUGUUUGUUUGAAGAGUCUUUGAGGAUCUCUCACAAUUUGUACUGUAAAAAUUACCAGUCUUGAAGUGUUUUUCCUAGUUAAGAAGUCCUGCUUUUACAGCCAUCCUCCUUCCCUAUUGCCCGUUCAGUUUGUCCUGGUUUGAGGUAAAACAGAACUAAUUUUCUGAUUUGUAAUUUUACUUUUUAGCUGGGCCUCUUCUAACUGACUAAAGCCUGAAAUUAACAGCAUAUUGUUCAGAAACUGUUCACUCUCAGAGUGAUAAGACCUGAUUAUACCAGGGAACGGUAUGCACAGAGGCUCUUGCUUAUACUUAUUGCUAUAACAACCAAGGUCAGGUAACUUCGCUGCUUGCCCCGUUAGAGGGUCGGAAGCGGAGAAGCGUAGAGGGGUCCCACCUGCAGGGAGGAGCAGACGGGACAGGUGACCCAAAACUGACCAACAGGGUAUUCCAUGCCAUCUGCAUCAUGCUCAGUAUAAGAGCUGAGGGAUCAAAGGGGCAAGGCUGCUCUGGCUUGGUCUUUCUUCAAUGGCCGACAUUGGAGGAGGACCCUGUCUGUUUGUCUGUCUUUGAUCCCGAUCCGAGCAUUCCUGACUCUAGUUCUGGAAUUCAGCUCCUGUCCGUCGCUGACUGCAGUCUGGGACUUUCCCUGUGUCUGCUGGUGACGCGAUCGUCAUCCUGGGAGCUGGAUACAGUUUUGUACAUAUUGUAUACUUUUUUUCUCCUUUAAUUUUUAUUAUUCUAUUAUUAUUUACUCUUUUCUUAUUUAUUAUUAUUUUAAUUAAAGUAGUUUAGUUCUUUUUCUAAA